UGAAGAAGGAGCCUACGCAAGUCACCACUUCACCUCCGGUUCCUGCCGGGUUUUUCACGAUUACGUGUAAACCUGGAAGUGAUGUACAGAAGUUGCGCCUUGAGUCUGCGAAGCUGAUGGAUGAGGCACGAAAGCUUAAGCACGAGGGAAACCGGCGCGGUGCCAGCGAACGGGGCACUGAAGGACAGCUGACACAGGGCAAAUACUACUUGCUGUCAGGCGCUAAAUUCUUCGAGUACGCGCUGAAGCUCCAGGAAAUUAAAGUGGCGUACCAGGAGAAGAAUGACGCCCAGCAUGCACACUCGUUCGGCGACAAUUGCAUCACUACCCUCUCACAGACGUCAUCGCUAAUUGAGAGCACGAUCCGCGCAUUCCAGAGUGCUGGCAGCAUGCGGCUGGCGGCGCUUGGAUGCAAGAUGGCGUCUGUAGUACACCUGACGGUGUACCGGCUUCAGCACCGUAAACUGCAGUCGUUCUAUUCGGAACUGUUCACUCCAGGCCGCUCGCCUGAGUCUCGCGAGAAUGGCUUAACCCCGCCGAUCGACCCGAAUAGCAACCUGAACAGCAAUAGCAGCAAGGACGCCGCUAUGCGCAAGCACUUGCUGAAGGAGAUGGAGCAUACGCUGCGCGGCUUUGAAAUGUGGCGGCGUUACGAGUCCUGCAAUGUGAACGUGCUGCCUCGGGUGACAAACCCUGUCAUCUUAGACCCAAAGGUGUUCUUCGAAGAUCUUGAAGAAGAACUCGGCCAGUCCUAGCUGCAGGCGACCACGAUUCAAAGUUUGAGACCGAGACUAGCACGAAGUACCCCUUUCCCAGCAAUACUCACGUAGUAGCAUAGUAGCAGCAGCCCAGGAUGCAACCCAGAUAGCCAUUUUGCAGCAUGACACCCUCACACAACACGGAGAAAUAACAAACAAGCACCAGUGUACGCCACCGGUAAAGUAACGCCGACAGUGUUGCCUCAUGCAGACCCUCAACAUUCAAUCUGAAUCACGUUUCUUUAGUGAACUCACUUUUGGAAACGACGACGUUGUCGCCCUUGAGCUCGUACAGGAAGGCGACAACCUUGGGUCCCUGCAGCGCCAUCAGCAUGAAACUCGGGAUCACCUCGCUCGCGGAACUACUGAACGCGCCCGUGAUGGAUCCAGGAUUCACGAACCACUUGCCAUUUUCAGUUCGAAUAUGAGACCUGCAGUGAACAAUGGCAAAGGUGGUGGUGAGCUAACACAAGAAAGCCAUUGCUGGCGGUCAGAAUCAGUACGAAAACUCACAUGUGGGUGUGCCCAGUGACCAGAAUGUCCACGUUCAUCUGCACAAAUCGCAACACAGUUCAGUACCGCGGCACCCCGCACUACACUACAGUGUUAAGAGACCUUUCGCUGCAGAGCUGCAAGACUGUGCUGGUCGCCCCACGGCACAACCUGGUGGCCGUGACAGAGGCCGAUCCGGAACUGGCCAAUAGUGAUGACCUUCGUCUCGGGGUACGCUCCUUCCUGCGACGGAUCAACAGCCAAGUGGACAGCAGCAUGAGUAUCAGAUACCAGCAUGAAACGCUGCGUCUGGACACCGACCGACCGCACCUGGUCGCAAUCGCCAGCCACGACGUGGACGUUGGGCGAGAGGUUGCGCAGCUCGUCGAACUGCUCCUUCGUCACCAGAUUGCCCGUGCAUAGGACGUGCUGCAUCUUGUUCGGUACCUGGCAAGCACAGCAGCAUCAGCACCAAGGCACGUCGGCAUACAGUGCAUUGCAGGAGACUGUACCAGCAUCUUCUGGAACUUGUCGGGGAUCUCCGAGGCGCGGUUCGGGAUGUGGUGGUCCCCCACCACGAGCACCAGCUACAGCAGUAGCACCACCAAUAGACAAGCAAUUCGCGUUUAGAAGGCGCUCUUCACGUGCUCACGCAGUGGCCACGACCGACCUCGCCGAAGCCCGACGCCAUCGUCUUCUUCUUCUCGGUCAGCGAUGAUGAGCUUCAAACUCAACAUGGAUCCACUCGCUCCGCUAAGGUACGAUUCACGACGGUACGAUGUACCACCCAGAGACGAGACGUACUCGGCGCUGAUUGGUUCACUCUGCCCCGCAAUAGCCUGUGCGUUCGACGGCCUCCUACAACAACCUUGCAUGACCGGCCUCGACUGCACCACUUAAUGCGGUCCGUCACAAACGUCAGUCGUUCGAACGGAGUCAGUUUCGAGUGCGGUAACGGCGGAAGUAUCGGGCUUGGGGGGCACGCGUGCGCUCAGCUCAGUGUUCGUCCUUCCCUCCCUUCCCCGAGACUGCAGCAGCCAUGGCGGGGGUCUCGCUCAAGCACGUGAGCUUCGUGAUGCUGGUGCUGCAGAACACGGCGCUGUCCAUCGUGUCCAAGUACUCGCGCGCGACCGCCGGGCCCAAGUACCGCCCCAGCUCCGUGGUGCUGCUCGUGGAGAUGCUCAAGUUCCUGCUGUGCUACCUCAUGCUGCUGCACACCAAGCGGGGCAACGUCAGCGCGUCGCUGCGCACGCUGCAGAUCGAGGUGUUCGCCGACAAGAAGGGGCUCACGAAGAUGGCGGUGCUCGCCUUCCUCUACGCGCUGCAGAACAUGUUCGCGCUCGUGGCCUACGACUACGUGGACGUGGCCACGUACCAGAUCGUGUACCAGCUCAAGAUCAUCACCACCGCCGUGUUCAUGCUCGUGCUGCUGCACCGCCGCUUCAGCGUCGUGCAGUGGUGCGCCAUGCUCGCGCUCAUGGCCGGCGUCGCCAUCUGCUCCUACUCGCGGCUGCCUGCGAGCGACACACACGUGGAUGAAGCGGCGGCCAGCAAGCGGUUCAUCGGCAUCUGCGUCAUGGUCGGGCUGGCGGUCAACUCGGGGCUCGCGGCCGCCUACUUCGAGCGCGUCAUGAAGUCGCACAAGGCCGUCGCCACGCAGCAGACGCUCGACCCGCUCUGGACGCGCAACCUGCAGCUGUCCGCCAUCUCGGUGGCCGUCACGUUCGUCGACCUGAUCCGCAACCUGGGCGAGGUGUGGACGAACGGCUUCUUCUACGGCUUCCACCCGUCCGUCUUCGCCGUCAUCUUCCUGCAGGCCGUGGGCGGACUCACCAUCGCGGCAGUCGUGCGCUACUCGGACAACAUCGUCAAGAACUUCGGCACGUCCUUCUCGCUCAUCCUGUCGUGCAUCAUCUCCAACUACAUGUUCGACCAGACGGCCACGUUCUCCUUCUACUGCGGCGUGUUCCUCGUGGUCGGGUCCGUCUUCGUCUACGGCGACAGCCGGUUCGCCAUCAAGCCCGUCGCGAAAAAGGAGCGGCGAUCUACGACGGAGGUCGUCGCGCACGAGAUCGCCAUCGACACGAAACACUCGCAGGUGAUGCACUCCGGCGGCCGACACUUUGUGGCGCGGUCCGUGCAGACAUUUAACGUAUUGUGCGUUUAGAGUUAGAUGGGGCUUCUUCAAUUGCUACCUGCCUACCAUACUUGUAAGCCUCGCCGAGGCAACAAUUACACAGUUUUCCUUGUCGAGUCUUUCUUCUUACCCGUGGUGAGCAGCGUGAUGCACACCCUCCUUCGGAAUCAUUGCACGCGCCUUAGCGAGACGCUCCGCCAACAGGUUGUUAGGUGGUUGUUUGGGGGCUCCGUUUGGUCCAAAGAUGUUCCCGCUUAGAACUCGUGCGCAGCGACUACCAAACUCAACGACAGCGUUUGCCACUUCGUGCGGACAAUCUUCCUGGAUCGCGUGUCCUGACGAAUACAUGAGCCGCAUUUCGAAUUUACCCAUCAUCUGGCCUCGCAUGAGCUCCGUGUCCAGGCGGUCAGAGCCUGGUGUUGGUAAAUAGAGCAACAGACUCGUUAGCGCGCGCUAACUUUCGCUAGGCUUUAGAUGACGAACAUCCCAAUGCUGUACUGUACCUGCCAGCACCAACAUCUUGGCUUCCUUCAACGACAAAAACUGCUUGGAGAGACCAAUAAACCAGUCUGCAAGCAGUCACGUGUUAGAUAACCACACCACAUCCG